GCGCUCCCCUGCCGCGCUCCCCGCUGCCGCUGCCGCGCCCCCGCGCUCCGUGCCGCGCGCCCGCAGCGUCCUGGCCGCCAUGGCCGGGCUCGUGGUCCGUGGAACUCAAGUGUCCUACAUAGGCCAGGACUGCAGAGAAAUUCCAGAGCACCUUGGCAGGGACUGUGGACAUUUCGCAAAGAGGCUUGAUCUGAGCUUUAACCUUCUGAGGUCACUGGAAGGACUGAGCGCAUUCAGGAGCCUGGAGGAACUCAUCUUGGACAACAAUCAGCUGGGGGACGACCUCGUGUUGCCAGGGUUACCCAGACUGCAUACCUUAACCCUCAACAAGAACCGAAUCACUGAUUUGGAGUACCUGCUGGAUCACUUGGCAGAAGUGACACCAGCUCUGGAGUAUCUCAGUCUGCUGGGCAACGUGGCCUGUCCCAACGAGCUGAUCAGCUUGGAAAAGGAUGAGGAAGACUACAAGAGAUACAGAUGCUUUGUUCUGUACAAGCUGCCUAAGUUGAAAUUUCUGGAUGCCCGGAAAGUAACCAGACAAGAACGAGAGGAGGCAUUGGUCAGAGGAGGCUUCAUGAAGGUGGUGAAGCCCAAGGCUUCCAAUGAGGACGUUGCCGACUCCCCGGAGCGCCACUACACGCCCUUGCCUUCUGCUUCCAGGGAACUCACCAGUCACCAAGGUGUCCUGGGGAAGUGUCGCUACGUUUACUAUGGGAAAAACUCAGAGGGCAACAGGUUUAUCCGAGAUGACCAGCUCUGAAGCCAAGUUCUGUAUACCUUCACCCAUUUCAUGAAAAUAAAAUCAAAAGGGAAAUCAAAAAUAAAGAAAACGCUAAAGAAAAAACAAUAGCCCACAUUGCCUCUCUUUGGGAAAAGCUAUGACUUCAGCUUUUGGUACCUUCUGCUGACUUUGCCAGGCCUGUCAAGAUGAUCCUUCUGCCUUAGACUGAGUGGUCACAUAGAGAUUGACGUGAUUGCCCUUAAGCAGGUCUCAUCCACCAGGGUGACAGACAGCGGUGGCGAAGCAACGGGGCUGACAGCAUGAACACCAUGAUAGAUUGCCUGGUCCUGCCACUGCUCACAGGGGAGCAGAGGUCACACCUGGGGCCUCCCUGGACAUGCUCAGUGGCUGCAGUCAAGUGAGAAAGACUGUCCUCAGCUCGCCUAUUGAGUUGAAAUCCCUCUGAUAUCGUCGUGCUGCGGGCUUAUUUUUAGUGAAAUAGUCACAGUUUAGGGGACGGCCACUCUCCCUCACUCCCUUUAAAUCUUAACGUCCUGUAUUCUGCAUAUACAUAGCUCCCAUCUCUUCCCCUCCACCUUCCUUUAGCAUCAUUUUUAUGACAGGUGGUGCAUUUCAGUUUGCAGUUUUUCAGAGAACAAGGUAUAACUUCCCAGCCAGGUCAUACAUUUAUGGCUGGCUUCAUGUUGCUGCAAUCCCUUUAUUGGCGCAAAUAGCUUUCCCUAAAUCCCUGACUACAAAAGCAUGGACCUUUAUCUUGUUUCAUUCAACUCUAAAUCCACUUCUUGCCCUGAAUAUGAUGCAGUGUAAGGCAGUAAGGCAUCUUUCUCAGCACGAGGGUUUGGUUGCACCAGGGACUCUUAUUUAUUAAUUUAUUUUUAACCGUACACACUUCCAGUGAUGCCUGUGGCCAUACUUGUGCGUGGGGCUGGCUUGCUCUUUCGGGUGCUAUUUAAAGGGAGUGAGGUGAUGAAAAAUAGAGUGAUGGGUCAGGAGGUUAAAAAGCAAAAUUAAGACUGUUGAAAGCACUCACCAGACCAAAGAGUUUUUAUAGAAGGCACAAACCUUUUGGAUUUUGCAUCUUUGUCAUGACCUCUCAGAAAUCAAAUCCACAGGUUGUGAGACGGUGCUAUGUCUUCCUGUAUGCUUGGCUGUGCACUAGCACUAAUGUCACAAGGAACAUAAGUGUGAUCAUUGCUAGUUGGGUGACUCUAAGUUUAUCUAACUUGCUGGUGCACCAGUCAAAUCACUCUAGAAGAUAUUCAAAAGGCUGAUUGUUCUUAACACGAUAGUGUUUAUUUUUCUGCCGCUUCUGUUUAGACCCAGUGUUCAUUGUCCUCUCAGUAUUAGGUCAGUUUGAUGACAGCAAAACCUGAAAGAGAAUCCCUCCAAGUUAUAGCUACUGAGGGACUAGGAGCUGCUAUUGCAAAACUGUGGGGACUCAGAAUCCCUAAGCUGCCCAAGGAGAACCUACUUUCUCAGCUCUAGCCCGUUUACAUAGCCUCUGGCCCACUGAGUCAACACAGGCCUUGAAUGACAUGUAUUGAGGCUGGCAGGCGUCCCUGUUAGAGAUUACGCAACCUUUGUUAAUCAGUUCUUUAGACAAGUUAACAUUAAAAUCCUCAAAACCAUGAAUAAUUGGAGAAUGUUGAAUGUUUGCCUUUAUCUCUCAAAUCCAUUAGUAACUGGAGUUGAGUACCUUUUCUCUGCUUGAUCUACAAAACAGCACUGGAAAAAUGCUUCAAAUUAUCUGCAUUUGGUCCCACCCUGGGUCGUUGUUUAGAAGCAUCAACACAUGUUUUCUCCCUGGCAUAAUAUGGGCAGCCAGAGUUCUGUGCAAGGGCAGCUAGACGAGUCCGAUGUCAUAUCCAAUCUAGCCACACAUAUAUCCUUGUCUUUAUAAAAGGCUUUAACCCUGCCUCAAACAAUAAAAAAGCACUUGUGAACUGA